AUGAGGUCUAUACCAUCAAUAACUGGUAGCAAUAGGGAGCCACUAGGGAGGCAGAGACAUCAGGAAGCGAAUCAAGUCUCAUAUCAGUCUUUACAAUAUUCCUUAGAAACUGAUGAUGAAGCUUUGGAUAUUAA